UGCAUGGCGUUAUACUAUAACCGCUUGAUUGUACGCAACAGUUUACAAUAUAAAUAGUAUGUACCAAAGCUUGGUAUAAAGUAGUGUAUGUUAAAUGUAAAAUUUUUAGUAAAAAUCCGUAUAAUUUAAUACAUUUUAAACGUAAUGGGCCGAAGAAAGAGUAAACGAAAGCCACCAAGUAAAAAAAAAGCUAUUCAACCUUUAGAUAUACAAUUUAACUGUCCGUUUUGUAAUCACGAAAAAUCAUGUGAGGUUAAGAUGGAUAAGUCAAGGAACACAGCAAGAAUUACUUGCAGAGUCUGCCUAGAAGACUUUCAAACAACAAUUAAUUUACUUUCUGAACCUUUAGACGUGUAUAAUGAUUGGAUUGAUGCAUGUGAAAGUGCAAAUUGAAGUUUAUUGUCAUUAUAUCCGAUCAAUGCUGACAGACUUAUUUAUUUGCUUCCUUUACUAAAUUGUCAGCAUUCUAUAGCACAAAUGAAAA